CCCCGCAAUCGGCCACUCGACCUUAUCAUUCAACAAUGACCUCCAAAACAACAUUCACGGUAGCUGUCCUGAUUGUCUCAACCACCGCCUCGAAGGACCCAAGCACCGACAGCUCCUCGGUGCUUCUCCGUUCCUUCUUCGCCAAUGAGAACGAGUCCAAUCCCAGCAGUAAAUGGGCGUGGAGCGGAGACAUCGAGGCGAAGAUCGUGAGCGACGACCAGGCCGCGAUUGAGGCGGCUAUUGUCGAAUGGGCCGAUAAGAAGAAGAUCAAUUUGAUUGUUACUACGGGAGGCACCGGUUUUUCGGUUACAGAUUGUACGCCGGAGGCGGUGAGGCCACUGCUAGACAAAGAGGCCCCGGGACUUGUCCAUGCGAUGCUUGCGGCCUCACUCAAUAUCACGCCUUUCGCCAUGAUGUCCCGACCCGUUGCCGGAGUCCGCAAUGGCUCGAUAAUCCUCACCGUCCCCGGUUCGCCGAAAGGAGCAACGGAGAAUUUGGAUGCAGUGAUAAAGUUCUUGCCGCACGCCUGCGGACAAGCUGCCAGUGUAGCUUCAUCUCGCGCUAUGCAUUCCGGUGGCACCAAGAAACUAGAGGAGGAAGCUGGUGUACGCUCACACCGCCACUCACAUGGAUCUUCAGCGGACGGAGGACAUCAUCAUCACCACCACCAUCAUGGACAUAAAGCGCCCAGGCCACUAACAACGCCCGAUCAGCGAUCAAACAAGCUGGAUGCCUCCGUCACACAACGGUACAGGGAGAGUCCUUACCCGAUGCUUUCGGUGAAUGAGGCGAAUGCCAUCAUUGCUACCGAGACUCGACAUGGGAAAAUCGUCGAGAUGCAGGUGGACGAGAACCUCGUAGGAUAUGUACUCGCCAAGGACGUGACAGCUGCCGAGGCAGUCCCAGCAUUCAGAGCUUCGAUAGUGGAUGGAUACGCAAUCCACCAUACUGCUAAAGCUGGCGUCUACCCCGUCGUCUCCGUCUCCCACGCAGCCCCAGGAACAGCCCCCCCUCUCGAGCCAGGACAAGUAGCACGGAUCACUACUGGUGCGCCGCUGCCUGCCGGCGCAACCGCAGUGAUAAUGGUAGAAGACACAGUUCUCAAGUCGUCAACCGCCGACGGCGUCGAGGAAGCUACUGUGGAGUUGCUCGCGUCUGGUCUUGAACCCGGCGAAAACGUACGUGAGAUUGGUAGCGACGUCCAGUCUGGCACCGUCAUCCUGCGUGCUGGCGAUGUCAUAAGUGCAGUAGGCGGCGAAAUCGGACUUCUCGCUUCCGUCGGUGUCGCAAAGGUGUCUGUUUACCAGAAACUAACCGUAGGUGUGCUGUCCACCGGCGACGAAGUCGUCUCGCACCUCCGUCCGGGAGAAUUAAAAAUUGGAGAGAUCCGGGACAGCAACCGGCCGGCACUCCUCUCAGCGAUAAAGAGCGCCGGCUACCCCGCUAUCGACCUCCAGAUCGCAGCUGACAAACCCGGUGCACUCGAAUCCAUGCUCAAAGACGCGCUCUCGGUGGUCGACGUAAUCAUUACCACGGGUGGCGUAAGCAUGGGGGAGCUGGACCUCCUCAAGCCGACGAUCGAACAAUCACUCGACGGAACGAUCCACUUCGGGCGGGUAGCGAUGAAGCCCGGAAAGCCGACCACCUUCGCCACCAUCGGCGAGAAGAAGAUAUUUGCGCUCCCCGGCAAUCCAGCCAGUGCGCUAGUAACAUUCAACCUCUUCGUUCUGCCGUCGCUUCGGAAGGCGGCCGGUUACGAGCCUUGGGAAUUACCGAAGGUCCGCGUCGUCGCGGAACAAGACUUCCCUCUGGAUCCGAGACCAGAGUUUCACCGCGUCUUUGUGGCGAUGCGGCCGGACGGACGUCUGGGUGCGCGCAGUACGGGCGGACAAAGAAGUAGCCGGAUCGGGAGCACUAUGGCUGCGAAUGCAGUGGUCGCAUUGCCAGCGAAGGGGGCUGUGGGUGAGAAGCGGGAGAAGGUUGGAGUUAUCCCGAAGGGAGAGAUGGUUGAAGCGAUCCUGUGGGGGCAGAUUGGUGGAAGUGCCGUUUAGAGUAGGGUGCGCAAAAAUUAGUCGGAUUGAUGUCCAAAGACGCUGUCGAUUCGACGCCAUUCUCCGAUUGUUGGAAACCUCGAUUCAGCGACGUUUUCCGAUCCAACGACGUGCCCCUUGUUAGCGAAUGAGUGAGAUCUUGUGAUUUUCCGGACGUGAUAGCGACGUGUGAGGACAACAUAUAGUUUCGAAAAUCCGUAUAUAGGGCUGAACACUGUGGCUCAGCGGCGGACCAAGG